AUGGACAUCGCAGAAUUUCAUGCAAAGGUAUACCAUGUCGUCCGGCAGAUUCCCCCACAGCAUGUUACAUCGUACGGUCACAUUGCUAAACUCAUAGGCAUGCCGAAUUACUCCCGCCAUGUAGGCCAAGCACUCAAGUUCCUUCCUGCGAAUGUGAAUCCUCCUAUUCCUUGGCAGCGUGUCAUCUCCUCCUCAGGAAUCAUCUCAUCGCGCGGUCCCGGGACAAGUGGUGCCGACGUUCAACGGCACGCACUGGAGGCCGAAGGCGUCGAGGUGACCGUCACACGCGGAGGCGAAAUACGUGUAGAUCUUCGCCAAUACGGGUGGUUUCCUGCG